AUGCCGACUGACGUAAUGUUAUCUCCAGUUGUUGUGAUACCACAAGACCAGAACACUUAUGCCAAAGAGUUGCUCGUGAAACUCUCUAAAGCUCGUGAAUAUACGGCUGCUAUCACGAAAGAACUUCGACACAAGCAGAAAGAGUACUACGAUUUAGGCCGAAAAACAACGCACUUCCUAGUUGGUGACCUUGUUGUAGUUCGUCGGACUCAGCGCAGCGGUCAAACAGGAAUUGCAGCCAAAUGGCUACCCCGAUGGACUGGCCCGUAUCGCAUUGUAGAACAAAUGCCAAAUGGUGACAAUUAUCGAUUGGAACACGUUGAAGCUGCGAAAAUACUCGACCCAACCAAAGUGGACAAAUUGAUCAAAGUUGAACCCUGGUCAGUCAACGAAUCUAACCCCGGACAAACCAAUCCAAACAAAGAGGACACCCCGCCCGAAAUCUCACAAUCCCACCGCAACCCGCAGUCUGAAAAUGGUUCGUUUAUUGUCUACGAAAAGCUUGGAGACUUUUUUGAUGACGACAUAAGAGCCAUGAUCGAAGAGCUGCAUGCUUGGUUAAAAUCACAAAAGGACCAUAAGUCGUCAACCGGAGAAGUACCUUUACACAAAAAAUCCCGAGUUCAAAAAGAUUCUUCAAAGCAUUGGUGGAAUUCGUCAGUUGCUGAUUCAUACACCAUCGAUACAUGCCUGCGCAACCGGUGGAAAAAAACUCUCUGA